CUUCUAGUCAUAUUCAUUUUAGUAUGUGUCGGCAUUAAGUAAGAGACGGUAGUGGCAAACGCUUGGUGGAAGAAAAUCAAGGAAAAUGCAAAAGUGUUUUGCAGUGUGUGUUAUUCUGUGCAUAAUUUUGUCAGGAUGUGGCGUCAGCUCACAUUUCGAGACGGAGAGCACGUUGACAUUGGAAGAACUAAAAAAUGAAUUUCAUAACUAUGACAAAAUUAUCACAGAGAAGGAAGACAAAUUAAAGAAAUUGGAAUAUGAAUUCGACGAGGAUCUAAUAAAUACAAAUUUCAAAGAAGCCAAAACAUUUAUUUUGGAAUUGGAAAAUCAAAUUACUGAAUGCCAGGCUCAGUUAAAUAACCAAACAGCUCAAAAUCAAGAGAAAAUAUUGCCAGCGAUUAGAGAUCUAAUAAAUAAUCACAUUAUUAAGGAGCAUGGUCAAACUCAAAUACAAGCUGAGAUUUUAAUUAAAAAUAUAAUUGAUGGAAUAACUAAGCAAAAUACUGUAGAUCAGAAUAAAUGUGAUCAACGAAUUGCUAAACAAAAUGAUGAAAUUAAUAUAUUAAAGCUAGACAUUCAAAAGUUAAAUAACAAGAAGACAAAAAUAACAGAUCUGCAGAGAUUAAACAGAAAUCUACAGAAUGAAAAAUCCCAGUUGGAAGAGAAUCUUAAUGCAAUCAAGUUACAACUGAAUAGCAAAGAUGAACGCAUUUUAAAGUUAGAACAAAAUCUUAGUUUAAUUAACGAUAAUUUAAAAUUGCAAAAUGACCAAAAGGAUUCGCUUCCAGAGAGCUGCUUGAAUUUAAAAGGACUCCAACUCAUAAAGAUUCCGCGUUCAACCAUUUCUUUAAACGUCUCUUGUGAAAUGAAUGGGAAUGGUGGGAUAAUAAUUCAAAGACGUUCUAAUAAUAAAUAUGAUUUUUUUCGUGACUGGAAUAAUUACAGGCGUGGAUUUGGUGAUUUGAAUGAUGACUUUUUCCUUGGAUUGGAAAAUCUGCAUCUUAUCACAUAUUCACAGCAACACGAAUUAAUUGUCUAUGUAUAUGAUGAAUGGACAAAUGAAUGGACUUUUGCUCAAUAUGAUAAUUUUCUGAUUGGUAAUGAGGGAAACAAUUAUACUUUAGAAUCUCUCGGCACAUACAGCGGCACAGCAUCUGAUGGCAUGAGAAAAAGUUUAAAUAGAAAAUUUUCAACCCACGACAAAAAUAAUAAAUACUGUGCAAAUUUCCUUUCUGGUGCCUGGUGGUAUGAUUAUGAAUGUAGAUCAAGUAAUUUAAACGGGAAGCCAGGAAAGAUUUACUGGAAUGACUGGUAUUCAUAUUCGUAUUCAUAUUCGAAUGUAAUAAUGACAAUUCGCCCCAAGAAUUUAAAUACAAUUAAAAAUAACUAAAUAAUUUGAUAUAUAAAUAAAGCUUUUUGCCACUGUUACACAUCGCAUUUAGGUAGUUGCAUCUACCGAUAAGGGAGAAUUAGAGCAUUGGCCCGGUAACGGUCCAUCCUCUUAGACACAUUCGAAUGCAGCCAAGACAAUGACCGGCUAAUAUUGCAUUCGAUAUCAAAUUAAUUAAUAUAGCCUCUUUGGUUGAGGGACAUACUACUAAUACCUACCUAUAUUUUACUAAUACUGUGUCUGAAUCCAAUGCCAAUUUCAUGCUCGCUGCACAGUGUAAACCGCCAAUAUUUCGCUUAGCGCUCUGCAGAGGCCAACAGCAAUUAAAUACCAGUAAAUUAGUUGAAAAUGUACAACUGGGAAUACCAGGGAUGGUCAUGGCGAGACGUGGGAUUGCGGCUUAAGUAGAUUAAGUGUAUUUUAUAGAGCUACAAAUUAUCAUCGGGCUGAAGUUGAUUAAGUUGCGCCCAUAAUAAACAGCAUAAUAAAAAAAUCA